AUGUCUAUAUUUGGAGCUAUAUGUCUGGGAAGACCAAUGGUUUUGGCAGAACAAGUUGACCAAACCAAGUUUGUCAUCAACGUACCCAACGCAUCCAACAUAUCCUACAUCACAAUCUUUAUUCUUCCCAACUCACCAUUUGUUGACGACAAUUUUACAGCUUUAGUCUACUUUCAAUUACCUCCAGACUCUGGUGCUACUGGCUCUGCAUCUACAGGAGGAACACCUGAAUUCAAAUUGCUUGGUGGCAUAAAUCCCCGCAAACCAUCCGCAAUCUACAAAAUCAGCAAUAUCCAUCCCACAUCCAAAAGACCAGAUGAUGGGAUGGAUUUGGAAAUGGGGAGCGGAGAACCAAUUGAUUUGACUGACUCAGUCAGCAUCAACAUUGGAAUCUCCAUAGAGCCAACUCCACAAGCUGAACAAAUCAUUCUACAAUCAAAGCAGAGCAGCAAUUCCAACAGCAAUGCCCUAGUGCCAACUUCAAGGGCACAACAUCCCACUACCAAUACACCUGAUAGCACAGCCAAACUAGCAAAUAAGAUCGUGGGACACGCCUACAAUUACUUGGCCAGUUUUAUUGAUCCACAGGGCAAAGUGCCGAUCAAAGCAUUUGAUACUUGGUGGGAUAAGUUCAAGGCCAAGUUGCAAAACAAUCCAAAUUUUUUAGACGAGCUUCUGGAAUAG